AUGGGCAACGUUUGGGCCCAAGGUUGGGGUAACAACAGAUGCCGAUACCACUGCUCCACAGACCUCUCCCGGGAACCCCCCCACCUCGGAAAGAGCUCGCGCCCCUGGGCGCCGGCGGGCGUGGCGGCUGUAUGUAUAUCGCACGCCGCGCGGCAGGGGCUCCGCGAGCCGAGCGAGAGCGAGGCGGGGAGGGGGCGGUGGAUCCUCUGGAGGAGGAGGCGCGGACUAAAACGAGGGACAGAGAGGCCAAUGCCAGAUAACGCGCGCUUCUGUGCGCGGGGGCUCCGCGCGGGCGGACUGCUGCGCAGACUCCGCGCGACGCCCUCGCGGCCAGCUGCGGCACUCGGGGCUGCCUGGCGCGGCGAGGAGGGGCAGCGGGGGGAGGAAGAAGAGCGGAGCACGUGCCGCGAGGGCCAGGCGCUCGACCUGGAGACGCACGGCAGAUAG